UGGUGAAAUCGCUCAGUUCGCCCAGUUGCUUUUUUGACUUGCUCGCUGGUGGUAUAACCGAAAACAUAUAGCCAGAACACCUCAACCCGGUAUUUCAAAGGCACCACAGAAUCACAUAGGCCCGUUCAGGAUAACGCCGGACCUAGCUGCAUAAAUCGUGCGCCCUCGGAAAGAAGAAGCCCCGAAUUGUGGCCUGUAGACCCCUUAACGAAACCUUCCAGCACAAAAACGUGCGAAACAAUGUCCACACCGUCGGACAAGACGUCGAAAAAGGGAAAGCGGAAGUCCGCUGCCGCUGAGAUUCCGGAUAGUGCAGUGCCAGAGAAGAAGCAGAAGCUAGAGGGGACACCGGCAAUAGCGAAAAAGCCAAAGCAGAAAAAGGCAGAUAAAGCAGAAGAUGUGGCGCCAAAGACGCCCAAAAGUGCUAGCGACAAAAAGAAAGCGACCUCUUCGACAAAAAAGCCAUCUGAUGGUUCCACAAGCGCAUCGAAAAAGAGCGCAACCACAAAGUCCACCCCUACGCCAUCAUCGACACACGCGAAACCACACUCCGCCAAAUCCCAUCGGAAGCCCACAACCCCCUUCUCUUCCGUUGUUGCUCAGAUCCAAUUGAGCCUCCCGCCAUGCUUCAUCGGCAAUGUGAAUAAAGGAGUCAACGAAUAUCUCGAUAGGUUUCUCAUGCGUUACGUGGAAGAACUGGAUGGGGUGGUGUUGGCUUGCUCUGGUGUAAAGGCGGUAGAGGAUUCGGCGCGGUUGAUGUAUGAGAGCCCAUACCUGCAUUUCAAGGUCCGGGUGAGGUUCACGCUGUUCAAGCCCAUCGUCGGGGAGCUCGUUGUUGGGGUGGUGAACAAAGUAUCAUCAGAUCACAUUGGUCUCCUGGUGCACGGUGUUUUCAACGCUUCGAUACCAUCUGGGAAAAUCCGACUUGACGAAUUCAAAUAUUUCGAGGAAGCGGGAGACGGGACCACAGAAGAGGGGCAUGGAGGCGGGGUGUGGCGCCGGGCGUCUGCUGAUGGAGAUCCAGCAAUCAGUAUCGGUGUUGGAUCGGUCGUGAGGUUUACUGUGGCAGAAUUGGUGAAGGCAAACGACAUGCUUACACUGGUUGGAUCACUCAUCGCGGACCCAUUACAUACGGGAUUGAUAGACGCUGCUGGGCUGGCACCUGCCCCACUACCUGAGUUACCUGCAGAGGCGGAGGAAGGAGAAGGAGACAAUUGGGAAGAGGAUCCAGAUGCUAUGCAGACAUGAGACGUUUGAGCCCGUCUCAUGGAUAUAUGGAUUCAUAUUUAGAACGCUGGCAAUUUGGAAGAUUGCUGGCACAUGAGCAAGGGCAUAUGACCUGGAGAUAAACUAGACGGCCGGACGCAG